CCAGACCAGGAGGAGGGAGGGAGAGGCAGCAUGGCGGCCGCCCGCGCCCAGGCGCUCCGCGCGCUGCUCGCCAGGUGCUCGACGAAAUGCCCCCGCGGCGCCUCCUUCUCCAGCCUCCCCCGCGGCGCCGCCCCCUCUCCCUCCGCACCCGCCUCCCGCACCCACCACCUCUUCCCAUCCCAGUCGCGCGCCCUGGCGAGCGAGGCCGCCCGGGGCGGGGUCCGCGGGCGCGAGGCGGGCUCGGAGGACGACGAGGAGUGGGCGGUGGAGUGGGAGGACAGCGAGGACGACGGGUACGAGCCCGAGAUCGGCGACGGCGGGGACGGCGGCGGCGUCGCGCUGCGGGACGUCAAGUGGGGGGAGCGCGCCCUCGCGGCGGCCCAGGAGGUCCUCGCCGGCCACUUCGGGGAUGACGUCGCCAUGUUCGCAUUCAAGGUGUCGCCCAAGGGAUACGUCUACGUGCGCCUGGACAAGCUCACCAACAUAUAUGGGUGCCCUGAUAUUGAGGAAAUAGAGAGUUUCAAUAGGCUCUACAAGCAGAAAUUGGAUGAAAUAAUUGAAAGAGGCGAAAUACCCCUGGACCUGGCACUUGAGGUAUCGUCACCAGGUGCAGAGAGGCUUCUGAAGGUGCCUGGGGAUUUGGAUCGCUUCAAGGACAUGGCUAUGAGGGUGCAAUACCUUGCUGAAGGCGACAACGACCUUGUCUCAAAGCAGAACCUUCUGAAGGAUGGCAUCUUCUUGCUCGAGUCGGUUGACACUCAGGCUGAGCACUGCAUCUGGAAGCUGGCAGAUGUCAAGGAGAACAGAGCGGAAGCGGGGAAAGGAAGGCCAUUGAACAGGAAGCAGAAAGACUGGAGGCUGCAAACUUCGUUCACGUCGGUGAAGAAGGUGACUCUGUACUUGGACUCCAACUAGUAAUGCCUGUAGUUAGAAAUGUUAAGACUUCCAAGAACUAUCCUAGUCAGACUCGUUCUUACUCUUCAGAGUUAAGAAAGAGCAGCAUUAUCUAUUUAGUCUAAGAGUUGCCCGCUGGCUGCGUCAGAAUAGCGUGGCAUAUUUUUUGUAGAGGCAGGUUACCUUGUACUGGAUCACAGUCUCAUCUACUGAGAUUAACUUGGGUUGAUCCGAAGUCUGCAUUGCUUGCAGCCCUGAUGUUUUGUGCAUACCGUUUCAGUUCUCAUGCUUGAUUAUGUACAAGAAUGGCAGAUCAUUUGCUAUA